GGUCAGUCAUGCAGGUCACUAGGUACGCUUAGAACAAAUUCCCCCUAGGGACUCUCACUCAUUAAUUGCUUUUUAACCUUCUUUCUUUUUCUAUUUCUUUUACCUUUCUCACCUGUCUUAAUUUACAUACUUUUAGACGCUAGUUUUCCUCUCUUUUCCCAUUCACAUUCCUUUCUAGUUCCCCGGAGCCCUCUCAUCUCUCUUGUACAUUUUACCCACUCCGUCUACUAUCACAUGAAAAUCUCUCCGACGCAACUUCCAGCAACUAGCAACUCAACAACAACAGCAGCAACAACAACCACCAACCACCAUGCCGUCUGCACAACCACCAGCAUCCCUUGCUUCCAGCUCUUCUGAAACCUCGUGCUCUCCCGGUCCAGGCAUAAUUAACACGACCGACGACCGCGAUGACCGUUCUUCAUCUACCCCCACCGCUUCAUCAUCCAAGCAUGCCGGCUCAAGCAGCGCCCAGGACAAGGAGAAACCGCGACUGACGGAGCAAGAAAAGAAGAACAACCACAUUGCAUCAGAGCAAAAGCGCCGUGCAGCGAUCCGCGAGGGCUUCGAUCGCCUGACGGAGCUAGUUCCGGGCCUGGAAGGCCAGGGCCGAAGCGAAAGCAUUGUGCUGAGAAAGACCGUGGAUUUCAUUCACAUGCAACUUCAGGAGAGACAGGAGCUCAUAGCUGAGAUUGAGCGCAGAGGUGGUCGCAUUGAUGAUACAUUUCGGUCGUGACGUUGGCGCGGCCGCCGGGGUUCGCAUCCUCAGCCGAGGUUCGCUCGGGCAUGAAACAUGAUGAUGUUGAUGACUUGGUUUACGGAGUUGUGCGGAUGAACACAGUACCCUGCGCUUGGUAUUGUCAUUUCAAAUGCCAUUCAAUGCGAAAGAAAGGAGGCAUGAAUUACUUUCUGUUAAUAAAAAUUUUUCGAGCCACGGUUAGGCUCGUUGUCUUGUCAUAUCGUGCCCGCCUUGAUCAUAUCUUGCUUUGCUGCCGGCUUUUUUAUUUUGGUUUUUUCUUUCUUUCUUUCUUUUCUUUUUUUUAUUCUCCCCUAUCUGCUCAUUGUACAUCAAUUUCGAUUUGUCAAGGCGCUUUUAAGGUGUUUAGGUGUUGGGUUUGUAAUGAUUGAACAGGAUAGGGGACGGUUAUGCUUAUUGUCAUUUACCGCUUUACAAGUACAAUAUCAGCUUUGUCCUACCUUUCUGUGUAGGCUGACUUGGAGAAAUAUAUAUAUGAGGUUCUCGGCCAUAUACUCGUGUAACUCUUCAGAAGUGGAUAUGAAAGAGUGGGAGGCAAGGGAUCGAUCAAUAUCGGAUAUAUCUACAACCAUGGACAUUGUAGAAUCUCAACCCACUAUUAAAAAAUUUCUAGCAAGAGAAACGAUGGAUACUUCAAAUUACAACUAUAUGUGUUCUCA